AUGUCCUCAUCGUUGAUGAUUGAGCAAACACGUCUUGCUCACACGGACGUCGAACAAGCCAUCAAAUCUGUAAUUUAUGAAAUCAAACACAAAGCUAGAACACAAAAACAUAUUGUAUAUCAAAAUCAUCGUAUAAAUUAUCAUAUUGAACAAAUACAACAAAAAUCUAACUAUUUAUUAACAACUUGUUAUGGACAAACAUCCGAGGCUUGUAACACUGGUGUUUAUGAUUCUAAUACACCACAAAUACAAUCUAUGAAAAAUCAAAUCACUGAAACAACUCAACCAAACACGAUCAACAGUUUUUAUUCAAAGUUGGAAGAAAUCAAGGAUUACCACAGAAGAUUUGCUGUUAAAAUUGAGAAUAGAAAUACUUCUGAAUCCAAUGAUGAACAAGCUCAAAGAAAAGUCAAGCAACGAGUUCAACAGGAAAUUAAAGUUUUGUUCACCGACGAAGAAUUAUAUGGAAGGUAUGUCGAUUUAAAUGCUCACUAUAACGCAUUCGUAGACCUGAUUAAUGAACAGAAUUCCACAGCAACUCCACCUGUUGAACAUAAAACUAUUGACUAUGUGGAAUAUCUUGUCACUUUAGGUCAAUUUGACAAAUUGUCACUAGAUCUUAAAAAUCAGGAAAAAUAUAAGAGUUAUUUGGAAAGUCUUUUGGAUUACUUUAUUGAUUUUAUGAAUAGAACUCAACCUCUUAUGGGCAUCAAACAAAUGGUUGAUAAAUUGGAAGAGGAAUUCGACACAAAGUGUACUAGUGGUGAUUUGCCUGAACAUUGGAAGUUCUUGGUUAAAUUGAUGGAAAAGAGUCAACCAGAAAAAGAUCAACCAACAUCUGAGCAAAAUUCAUCAGCACAAGGUAAAAAGAAGAAGAGAAGAGGAGGUAAAAGAAAGAGCAAUCACAAUGUAGAUAAACUAAGGUCGAUAGCAUUAAUGGAAUACAAGAUUUCCAAAUUCUUAACAGAAUGGCUAUCUGAUGUAAUACAACAAACUAAGAUUUAUGUGGAGAAAAAGUCAACCAGGACAUGGGAAGAAAAUCAAGCUGAAAUGGAAAGAAUUGAAAAGCAAAUGGACAAGGAGGAUGACGACGAACAACAAGAACAACAAAAGAAGGCCAAUAGUGCAAUUGAUCCUAAUGAUCCACUCAGUAAAUAUGCCAGUAAGAAGAAUAAUCCUUUGAACUUGCCUAUUGGUCCUGAUGGUAAACCUAUUCCAUAUUGGCUCUAUAAAUUCCAAGGCUUGGGAAAUGAAUACAUUUGUGAAAUAUGUGGUAAUCACUCAUACUGGGGACAUAAGGAAUUUGAAAAACACUUCCAAGAGUGGAGACAUGCUAAUGGUAUGAAAAUUCUAGGAAUUCCAAACACUAGACAUUUCCAUCACAUUACAAAGAUCAAAGAUGCUGUGGAAUUAUGGAAGAGUAUGCAAAAUCAAGAUCAACAACAAAGUUGGGACCAAUCAGAAAUGGAGGAAGUUGAAGAUGCUGAAGGAAAUGUCUACACCAAACAAACCUAUCUCGACCUUAAGAAACAAGGUGUCAUUAAACAUUAACUCUUUUUCAAUAUACAGAGUGAGAGGAAUCAAAUUCUUGGAUCAAAUAGUUGAAGAAUUGAACAAUGAUUGUCCUCCAAUCUUAAUCAGUUAUUAAUUUUAAAAAAAUGUCCUUGGAAGAGUUUGCCUCAACAACCUGUGAUGCAGGUGAUAAGUUGAUGAAAAAGGCUGCAAGCGUAUUGAGUAAGAAAAUUCACUUUGGUAACAAGACAAAGGAUGCCAUGAAGUAUUAUGAGCAAGCUGCCCAAAUCUAUAUGGAAAGUAACAUGUAUUCUUCUGCUGGUGAUGCCUAUUGUAAAUCCGCUGAAUGUUUGGUAAAAUCGGGAGAGAAACACAAAGCAGCCAACGUGU